CGUCUCCAUUGCCUUCGGUUUUCUGUCAACUUUUUCACUCCGCUCCAAGUCUACCCACACGCUUUCAUCUCCUCUUCACAUGACUUCCACUAUGUCACCCUUGCAAUGACGACCAACUCGCCGCUUCCCUUUCGGGUUCCACUCGAGCAAUAGCUUGUCUAGUGAUGUCACUUGAUGGUUUCCUCAGAGUUUGGCCAGCCAAUCCAUCUCCAUUUCUUCCUGCCUAUUUGUUUCACAAUCGGUUCCUGCUGAGUUGGUUCGCUCAUUUCCAGAGAUCUUUGUUGCUGAUCUUUUGUGGCCGGCUAUCUGAUCUUGAGUGAGGUAUUGAGCGAAGACAACUGUUAAUGAAGGUCUGUAGUUUGUUUGAGAUGCUCUUUAUGAAGCGCUGGCCGAGUCUCUGAUCCGUAUGGUAAGUAGCACUGACUGACUUCACAUUGGAGUUGAAAAUCCGGAUCUUAUUUUCGAUGUACACAAGACGACAUGGAUUUCACCAGAUGGAAACACCAAGAACCAAAUAGACUUCAUCUCAAUUUCAAGAAAGUGGAGAUGGAGCCUACAGGACACAAGGUCGAGGAGAGGAGCAGAUGUGGGUUCAGACCACUAUCUAGUACAAGGGACUUUCUGGGUGAAGCUAAAAGCCUCGAGGAUAGCUGGUGGCAGGCCACAAUUCAAGUUCAACCCUCGAUUACUGAAGGACACAGCCACAAAAGACACUUUCACUGCAACUGUCAGAGCAAAGCAGGAAACGCUACGCGACAUCACUGAGUAAUCAUGCGUGGAAGAACAUUGGAAGUCUCUGAAGGCGAUUCUCAACGAAACGUGUUCAACGGUUCUGGGAAGAAAGAAGAGACAAGACAAUAAAUGGCUCUCAACGAACACUUGGAAAUCAAUAGAAGAGAGGAGAAUGGUGAGAGAGAAAAUGAUUCAAUGCAAGGACGGACAGGAGAAGGAGACGCUGAGCUCAACUUACAAAGCACUGGACAAAGAAGUGAAGAAUAGUGCUAGGAAGGACAAAAGACGAUUCUACGACAACCUUGCCACUGAAGCUGAGAAGGCAUCAGACAAAAGGGACCUGAGGACACUAUAUCAGAUAACCAAAUCUCUAUCCGGGAAGAGAUCAACACAAGCGAAACCUAUAAAAGACAGCCAAGGGAACCCAAUUACCAAGGAAGAAAAACAGAUUAAACAAUGGGUGGAUCACUUCAAAGGACUGUUGAACCGACCAUCACCUGCAACCCGUCCAGAAAUACCAACAACAGCGCGCACACAACUGCAAGUUGACACCAAUCCUCCAACGAGAGCUGAAGUCUUGAACGCAAUCAAACUUCUGAAAGCGGACCCAGAGACUACAACAGACAUGCUGACUCCAUUAUUGCAAAAGGUCUGGAAGGAGGGAAAGGUGCCUACUGACUGGAGGAAAGGUUACCUCGUGAAACUACCAAAGAAGGGCGACUUAGCCUCACUCUGCAAGAACUGGCGAGGAAUCAUGCUCCUGUCGACGCCAAGUAAAAUCCUGAGUCGCAUCAUCCUGGAGAGAUUAAAGGACGCACUGGAGACAGAACUCCGACCAGAACAAGCUGGAUUCAGGAAAGGCAAAUCAUGUACUGACCAAAUUGCAACUCUACGCAUCAUCAUCACAGAACAAAGCAUGGAAUGGCAAUCAAACCUCUACCUCAACUUUAUAGACUUUGAGAAGGCCUUCGACAGCGUUGACCGUGAAGUAAUUUGGAAAUUACUCGAGUACUAUGGCGUACCCCAAAUAUUCAUCAACCUUAUUCAGCGGCACAUGUCAAGUGAUCCACAACGGAAAACUCAGCGAGGCGUUUGGAGUAAACACAGGAGUCAGACAAGGGUGCUUACUAUCACCAAUGAUAUUCCUAAUUGUGGUGGACAGACAGACAGUGGGAAACGAGAAGACAGGAAUAUCCUGGACCGACGUGAAGAACCUAGAAGACCUGGAUUUCGCGCGUGGAUGAUUUAUGUUUGAUGUCACACACAAUCGAAGACUUACAAG